UACAACCCACUUCUUCUUCUUCUUCAAUCUUCGAACUUUGUUUUUCUGACUCGUAAUUAGAAUGGCAUCCCAAUUGACUCUCUUGGAGUUCUGGGCUAGCCCUUUUUCACAGAGAGUGAAAAUUGCCUUGGCUGAGAAAGGUAUAGACUUCGAAACCAAAGAAGAGAACUUGAUGAACAAGAGUCCUCUGCUUCUAAAGGUGAACCCUGUUAAUAAGCAAAUCCCAGUGUUGAUCCAUAAUGGGAAACCAAUAUGCGAGUCCCUCAUCAUUGUUCAAUACAUUGAUGAGGUCUGUAAGGAUCAAUCUCCAUUGUUGCCUUGUGAUCCUUACAAGCGCGCCCAAGCAAGGUUCUGGGCUGACUACAUUGACAAGAAGAUAUAUAGCAAUAGUAGGACUUUAGUUUUCACCAAAGGUGAAACCCAAGAAGCAGGAAAAAAGGAUCUCAUUGAGUGCUUCAAAGUGCUGGAAGCAGAGCUAGGAGAUAAGACUUAUUUUGGGGGAGAGACCUUUGGUAUUGUGGACAUUGCACUUGUACCCUUCUACAAUUGGUUUCACCUCUACGAGACAUGUGGCAACUUCAGCUUUGAGGAAGAGUGCCCUAAAAUUGUGGCAUGGGGUAAGAAGUGCAUGGAGAAGGAGAGUGUGUCCAAGGCUCUCCCAGACCAGUACAAGGUCUUUGACUUCUUCAUGGAGAUGGCAAAGAAGUUUGGUGCUCAGUAAAAUUCCAGAAGAGAACUUCCUUACCAAGACAUAAUAAGAAAUAGAUAUAUAACUUAUCCCAAAGAGUUAAUUACUAUUCCAA